GAGAGAAGAAGGAGGAAUUUGUACCGACUCAUAAGCAAGACUGCUCAUAAGACUUUGGCAGCUGAGAAUGAUAAGGUCGUGCAGUACAAUCCGAAAAUGAAUAUUAAUAGUGACGAGGCAAACAGCAUUGAAGCAGCGUAUUAACACUGUCAUACACGAAUAAUAAAACUGCAAAAACAAUUAGUUGCUGAAGGAUCUCGGGCUAAUCUUCUUCAUGUUGUGAUUACAUUAAUUUAACAAAUUUAAGUCUCUAUGCAGGCGCUUUAAGAGCUUUUAAUAUUUUGGUGUGUAUGUGCGUGUGUCUCAGUGUGUGAGAUAUCCUGAGAUAGAAUGACAAUAAGAGCAGAUAUUUUGGUGUUCGCUCUCCUCGUGGUCAGAUAUUGCCAUGGAGCUGCUACCGAUAUUGAGCUCGAUGCUAAAGCUCAGUAUCUCCAUAGACUCGACAGCCUUAAUCUUCUACUCUACACAUUUUUACUAACUGUAACUGUGCUCACCGUUUGGACAUUUAAGCAUAGACGACUAAGGUUCCUUCAUGAAACUGGCCUUGCUGUUAUUUAUGGACUCAUCAUAGGGGCGAUAAUUCGAUAUGGAUUCACAACAAGUAGUACGAUCCAACGGCUGCCGGUUGUGCCUGCAGCCCCGUACAAUCAGUCCAUACCUCCGGAUAUAUUGUGGUUUCAAGUCCAUGAAAAUAUAAGCGGAAGUCUUGUUAAAAAUAAAACUUUUGCAUACGCAUUUCGAGGGGAAAUUAUGAAGCAAGACAGCGAAAUUGAUAAAAAGGCUACGUUCGAUCCAGAAAUAUUUUUCAACAUUAUCUUGCCUCCUAUAAUUUUUCACGCCGGAUAUAGUUUGAAGAGGAAAUAUUUCUUCCGAAAUCUCGGGGCAAUAUUGAUGUACGCACUGGUUGGUACGACAGUUUCGUCUUUCGUGAUCGGAACGUUGAUGUAUGCGUUCAUGCAACUGAUUCCGAAUCUUUCAACGUCCUUCACCUUCCUCGAUACUCUUUACUUCGGGGCGUUGAUAUCGCCAACGGAUCCUCUGACGAUCAUAUCGAUUUUUAACGAUUUGCACGUAGACGUUAAUCUAUACGCUUUGGUGUUUGGAGAGAGUGUGCUGAACGAUGCCGUAGCCAUUGUACUUAGCGGAGCCAUACAGAACUAUGGCGAGCGAUACGUUACGGCGGGCUCGAGCAAAUUCGAGCCAGUGGCCUUCUUUCAGGCCCUCGGUGACUUCGUCGGCAUAUUUAGCCUCUCGCUCGUCAUCGGGGCCACUCUCACCAAAUUCACGAGGGUGAGGGAUUUUCCGCUGCUGGAGUCGGCGCUCUUUGUUCUCAUGUCUUACAGCACCUUUCUUAUCGCGGAAGCUUCCGAUCUCACUGGCGUUGUUGCUGUUCUGUUUUGUGGGAUUUGUCAAGCUCAUUAUACGUACAAUAAUUUGAGUUCCGACUCUCGUCAAAGGACGAAGCAACUUUUCGAAUUGCUCAACUUCCUGGCCGAGAACUUUAUUUUUAGCUAUAUUGGUGUCUCGAUGUUUACGUUUCCUAAACACCAUUUCGAUUUUGGAUUUAUAUUUUCAGGAUUCUUCUGUGCCCUCGUUGGUAGAGCUGCCAACGUUUAUCCACUCUCGUUCCUUUUAAAUCUCGGCCGCAAGCCGAAGAUAUCGCUUAACUUCCAGCACAUGCUGUUUUGCGCGGGUUUGCGCGGUGCGAUGAGCUUCGCCCUGGCAAUCAGGAAUACCGUGUCCGAGGCUAGGCAGGCCAUGCUGACGACCACGAGCCUCAUUGUCAUAUUAACAGUCAUAUUCCAGGGCGGCGCCGCCUCGCAGUUCCUUAGUUGGUUCAACAUACCCGUUGGUGUAGACGAAGAAGUUGAAGUUUUAUCACAUAAUGGAAUUCGGAGUUCUGGUGGCGAAGGUGGCUUUGGCGAACUGGAAAUGCAUCGGGAGAGAAGCUCUCCGUAUAAUUCUAUGCAGGACGGCUCGCUAUCUAGUAUAACUGGUGCCAAGCCCAACGAGAAAGCCCUCCUUGCACGCAUCUGGGGCAACUUUGACACCCGCUACAUGAAACCCCUCCUCACGCACUCGAGGCCCACUCUCCUGGAGACGCUACCCGUAUGCUGCAGCCCUAUCGCAAGGCUCCUUACGACCACCCAGCAAAUGACCCAGGAUGACAUGGGUCAUAAGAUUGAUUCAGAUUCCGACUUGUGCCUGGACGAUCAAGAGCUUGAGAGGCGAAGAACGAGUAGUCAACCGAACAAAAGAAAUGAUGAGGAUGACGAAGACCUGAGAAUCAUGGGAGCCGAGGGAUAUAUUCCAUUGCGGACCUUAUAAAUCCUAUACUAUAUUUUUUACGAAAGAAAAGCUUUUACGCGCAUAUCAAGAAUUAAUUAUCUUGAUAAUAGUUCAAUAUUUAUAAUAAUAUUAACAGGCAGGUAAAAUGGAAAAGAGUGAAAA